UUUGCUUUCGCACAACCUCGUCUACGGUGUGCGCUCCAUGUUGCCGAGUUGGUUGGAUAUCGAGUCAGGUCGCCGUUCCGUGAAUCAGUUCUGAUUGAGUGUUCGUUGGAAUUGGUUGCAAGGUCUCCUCGGGGGUUGAGAGCUAACAGUCGUGUGCGGUUAUCAGGAAGUGAUUUUGUGAUUGGAAAGUAUCGUGAAAGGAUAUAAAGUGAGAAACUAGUGGACGAAUUGAAAGAUUGAAAGUUACGUGACUGGUUUACGGAUUAUUGAAACUCUUCGUUGUAAAAAGGUCAAUUAAGACAGAAUAAUGGUAAGAAGCCUUGCACAAUGGACAAAAACGCUUAGUUUCCCAUCGCGCAUCUCGCCCAAUCGCAAUUCGAAAGAUUGCGGCGGGGCCAAUGUGCAUCAGAUUAACCCUUCGCCGCCAACACCGCCUCGGAAUAAAACGCAGCAGCAGCAACAGCAACAACAGCAGCAGCAGCAGCAAUCGGUGUCGUCAUCCCCGCAACCAGCAAAUGUUCCCAUUACGGAAAUUAGUCAGAUCAUAUAUCCUGACUUGGACUCUGAGAAAGCAAUAAUGGGAUCUUUGGUCUUCUGCAUUCAUCACAAACAAGGAUGCAAGUGGUCGGACGAGCUACGAAAGCUAAAGGCUCAUUUGAACACCUGCAAACAUGAUGCAGCCGCCUGUCCCAACAAAUGUGGCUCACAAAUUCCGCGGAUCAUGAUGACUGAUCAUCUGCAAUAUACAUGCACACAACGUCGUGCGAAAUGUGAAUUUUGCAAUUCAGAAUUCAGCGGUCAGGGAUUGGAGGAGCACGCGGGCACCUGUUCCCAGGAACCUAUUUACUGUGAAGCAAAAUGUGGUGUACGAGUACUACGCGGACGGAUGUCUAUGCACAAGAACAAAGAUUGUGCAAAAAGACUACGACGUUGUGCACACUGCCAGCGUGAAUUCUCAGCGGAUACCUUGAAUUUGCAUGGAGCCAGUUGUCCAAGAGCGCCGAUCCCAUGUCCGCAACGUUGCGAUGUAGCCCCCAUUGCUCGUGCCGAUAUGGAGGCACAUUUGCGUGAUGAGUGCAAAGCUCUAGCGGUGGCGUGCACUUUCAAGGAGGCCGGCUGCAGGUUCAAAGGACCCCGUCACCUGUUGGAGUCACAUCUGGAAUCUAAUGCAGCUGCACAUUUGUCCCUAAUGGUUGCUCUGGCGGGACGUCAAGGUCAGCAAAUCCAGAUGCUUAAAAAUGCAGUGGCCAAAUUAAGCACAAACUACACAGGAACGCUCCUUUGGAAGAUCACCGACUGGUCAGCGAAGAUGGCCGAAGCUAAAUCCAAAGAUGGUCUUGAACUCGUCUCCCCGCCAUUUUUCACUAGUCAAUACGGAUAUAAAUUACAAGCCUCGAUGUUUUUGAAUGGAAACGGACCAGGGGAAGGGACUCAUGUCUCAGUCUACAUAAAAGUCCUCCCUGGAGAAUAUGAUGCCCUGCUAAAAUGGCCAUUCUCACAUUCAAUCACAUUCACGCUCUUCGAGCAGGGUGUCCCGAAUGGACAAGGUGGAGUAGCAGAAUCAUUCGUGCCAGAUCCUUCGUGGGAGAACUUCCAAAGACCUUCAUUGGAGCCAGAUCAACUUGGUUUCGGAUUUCCUAGGUUCAUCUCACAUGAAUUACUCAACAGGCGACCGUUCGUCAAGGAGGACACAGUUUUCCUUAGAGUUAAAGUAGAUCCUAGUAAAAUAGUAGCUGUGUAAAGUUGAAAUUGAUCGAAAUGUAUCUCAAAUUGUAGCUGUCGGUUUUAUGAUUAUUAGAUUUUAUAAGUGAUCCUGUUAAAAGAAAUGUUACAGAACAACUUUCUUUGAAAAUGUAAAUACCAUGUAUUUAAGACAGAGCGAAUCGAUAUAAGCAACCCAAAAUGUAGAUCUGAGAAAUCACGAAUGAAUGCGAAGCAAAAUCGAUGGGAAAUUCGUUGCGAUAAUGUAGAUAGGGAAAUACUUCGAAAACCUUCAAAAACUAGGAUUAAACAUUCAACACUGUCUUUAUCACUCAAACAAAUCCAUUUUCCAACCCAAGUUUACUACGCUUGCCAAGGCUUUCUCUUCCAACGGGCGACAUACACCCCCUGAAAUCCUCACCAGGCUUUUCAAAAAUAGCUUUUCGACGCUAUUCUUCGAUAAAUGCCAUAAGUUUUUCUUCAUACAAGUUUAUACCACGAAUUGUUACUAAGCGACCUGAGGUCAGUAUUUAGUCCCUUUUUUUAUUGAAAAUUCGAAAUUUUUACCUUUUUAGAGAAAGGAAAUCAUUUCCAGAUUUUCUUGAAUCUUCUAGAGAGAUCUUAAUCGACUUUUUUUUUAGAUACAUUCAUUUAUGAGGAUUUAGGGUGGAAUUGUGGUUGCUCUACGAUGACCAGAAGAAGAACUUGAUUAAGCCAAAAUCUCGGAACAAAACAAUUCCUUACUUCAAGGUCCUUUUUUUCUCGAAGUAACGCCUUUUGAACUUCAACUACUUUGAGGAAAACCUGUCCUUGCAUCUAAGCUCGAAGCGUCUGCUCCCACAACCUCCCACAAUUUUUGUGAAAAUAUCCCGCAAUGUUAGUCAAAGACCUAAUGAUUUGCAACCAGAAAAGACCCCUUGGCAAGCGCCUAAUAUGAAAUAUCCUUCAAAUCCCUUCCGAUCUGUACUUUUAAUCCUGCACACGAAUGAAAAUAUGAUCGAUUCUAAUUUUUAAUGCAUAUAAAGUGAAUUUUUAGUCAUUAGUUUGUAAGUUUUGGAUCUAAUUAAUCGAGAGUGUUAAGUGGAGCUGAAAAAUAAGUAAAUACUACCAAUGAUUUGAUUUCUUUUAUUUAAUGUAUAGAAAAUAGUGGUCAAUUAGAUUUACUAACAAAGAAAAUAUAAUUAAACCAAAUUCUGAGGAAUGAUAUUCAAUUGAAUUAAGAGAAUAAACUUUUUAAUAUUUUGAAAA